AUGAAAUCCACUACUACUAUUAUUACUUUAUUCGCAGCAAUUGCUACCGCUUACGCAGCUGACUCCUCUUCCGGAGGUGCUGCAUCCAAGGCUACCUCAGCAGUAGGAUCAGCUGUUUCAAGUGCUACUUCAGGCGCCUCUUCAAAGGCUUCCUCAGCCGCCAGCGGUUCAUCAGGUUCUGACUCCAAAUCAGGUUCUUCAUCAGGCUCUUCAUCAGCCUCCAAGUCAUCAGGAUCUGAUUCCAAAUCCGGUUCUUCUUCAGCUAGUGCUGCUUCUAAGUCAGGAUCAAGCUCCUCUGCCGCUUCAUCUGGCUCAUCAAAAUCUUCAAAGGGUGAUGCUAACGGUAUGGGAGUUGCUGGUGUUGGUGCUGGUUCAUUAGCUGCCGUUGCCGGUUUGUUGUUGUUGUAA